AUGGAACAAACCACACCAACAAUAGGACAAAGCGAAGACUCUCGCUCUGAACCCUUUGAAAAUGACACAAAGAGCGAAACAGUUGCCGAGAGCACCCCUCAACCUCCGUUAGAUGCCCACCCCGCCUCCUCCAACUCACCUUCACAUCCUCCUUCUACAUCUACAGAACUUUACAACAUGGCCGCUCACACAGCUUCAAAGAAGAAAGGCACUGCUUCGACAAUUAAGAAGACGCCUAAGCGAUCAAAGAAAACAGGAGGGCCAAGGGCGGCGAAAAGAGCCAAACUGCCCGCGCGGUCAGGUUCCGCGGGAGAUGCCCAUGAAUCGGCAGGAUCCGAACUCGAGGAAUCUGACCAUGGACCAUAUUGCCUAUGCCGUGGGGCAGACGACCACCGGUGGAUGAUAUGUUGCGAAAAUUGCGAGGAUUGGUUCCAUGGAGAAUGUAUCAACAUGAACAAAGAGGUUGGCGAAAAUCUGAUCGAAAAGUUCAUCUGUCCACUCUGCACAAACGAAAGCCUCACAACUUUAUACAAGAAAACAUGCGCCUUGGGCGGAUGUAGAAAGGCAGCCCGAAUAGCCCAGGAGGAGAAGAGCGUGUUCUGCUCCAACGAGCAUGCACAAACAUGGUGGGAGCGAAUAGUAGCCAAGUUGCCCAAGGCAAAGGGAAAAGGAGGAGUUAACGACCAGCUUACUCAGGAGGAAUUCAUGGCGCUGCUUCAGGGUGGCCUUUCAGGAACUGACGAAGAAGGGCUUUGGAGGCUGGUCAAGGCACCAUUUGCAGGCGAAGAGUCAAAUGGUCCAAACGGAACUGAGAAAGAAAAUCCCGAUCAGACGCACCUCUCUGCGGAGGAGAAAGAGUAUCUCGAAAGUGCAGCCGCAGCACGCUUCCACUUGGCCGAGGAGACAGUUCUCUGUCACAAAAUGCUCACUCUCUUGGAGUUCGCACACGAGAGACGGCAAGCUGCAAUUACUGCCGGUCGCUUCAAAGAAGAUAUCUGUGGAUACGAUGAACGUCUCGACAGUAUUGGUGCCCGGGACGCUUUUGAGGCGUUUGCAAAGUCGCCAGAAGGCGAGGCUAUUUUCAAAGCGUCUCGCAUGAGCGAUCCUCUAGGAGAAGGCGACGAAGUUCGUGGUAUGUGUGAGCGCAAGCGUUGCAAGUUUCAUGGUGGAUGGUAUAAGAUGCUUUCAUUGGGUCUCAAGCAUCAGAUUCGGGAAAUGGCAACACAGGCCGAUGAGGUUGGAGAAGAGGAGAAGGCUAUGCGCCAAGCCGCGAAGGAUAGAUGGAGGCGGAAGCAGUCAGAAAAGAACUGGGUUGAGGUUCUGGAUGGUUGA